GGUGUGACAGACAGAAAUGCAAUCUCAGAUGCCAGAAUGACAGCAAGCUCAUUCUAUAAUAAAAGAUAUUAUCCGUACUAUGGCCGACUUCAUGAAAACAGGGGAUGUGGAGGAUGGUGUCCCAAGACUGUAUCAGACAGAACAGACUAUCUUCAAGUCGAUAUGGGUACAAUGCUGUCUGUUUGUGCUGUGGCCACCCAAGGAGAAAAGGUUUACCAUGAAUGGACAACCAGCUACAAACUGCACUUAUCCACAAACGGUGUAACUUGGAACGUUUACGAGGAAACCAGUACUGCAAAGGUUUUUCCAGGAAACUCAGAUCGACACAGAGUCGUAAAGCAUUUCCUCACCACUGAUGUCAUGGCCAGAUACGUUCGGUUUUAUCCUGUCACGUACCAUAGAUUUCCAUGUUUAAGAGUUGAAUUAUUUGUGCGAAAAUGA